AUGUGGUUCGUAAGAGAUCCAUGUGCUAGCGAAAGCGGGGAUAGGGAAUUUUAUUUGUUGAAGAACCUUAGCAGCUCGAUUGACAACGCUAGGCUUCACGAGAUGUUUGUAGAUUUUGGGACCAUUUUGUCUUGUAAAGUCGCUAGAGAUGAGGUCGGAAAGAGCAGAGGAUAUGGAUUUGUUCAAUUUGACUCCCAAGAGUCAGCGAAUUCUGCUAUGGAGAAACUUAAUAACUCCUCUGUUGAUGGCAAGCAAAUAUAUGUUGCUAACUUUGUCAAAAGGAGUGACCGCUUACCGGCCGAUCAUGAGAUUAGAUAUACUAAUUUAUACAUGAAGAACCUAGAUCAGGACAUAACGGAAGAACUUAUUAAGUUGAAGUUCUCUGAGUUCGGUAAAAUACUAAGUGUGAAGAUUGCAAAGGAUGAUAACGGAACCUCAAAAGGAUUUGGGUUUGUCAGUUUUGAAAGUGCUGAUAGCGCCAAAAAAGCUGUGGAGAAAAUGAAUGGAGUUCAACUUGGAUCCAAGACCCUAUACGUGGCUAGGGCACAAAAGAAAGCAGAACGGCAAGAAAUUUUGAGGUCCUUAUAUGAGGAGAAGAGGAAUGAGAUAGUAAUGAAAACGGCUUCAAAUGUUUAUGUCAAGUACAUUGAUGAUGCUGUCGAUGACAAUGACCUUCGCAAACUUUUUAGUCAAUGUGGAACCAUCACUUCUGCAAAAAUCAUGCGUGAUGAUAAAGGGAUAAGUAAAGGGUUUGGGUUUGUGUGUUUUAGCACUCCAGAAGAAGCUAGAAAAGCUGUAGAAACUCUUCAUGGUCACAUGUUCUACGGAAAGCCCUUAUAUAUUGCAAUGGCCGAGAGGAAACAUGAAAGGCAAACUAAAUUGCAGAUUCACUAU